GGAUCAGCCGUCAACGCGUCAGCAGCAACUAGCAAGGCCGCCAAGCGGCCCAGGAGUCCAGGACCCAGGCCAGCUCCAAGCGAACAGCCUACGUACGGCUCUAUACCUCUCGCCCUCUGAGUCUCGCGCGGUCAGUCGGUCUCUCUCACUCUCUCUUGUCUCCAAGUUUGUAACCCUAGCCGCCAAGCUUGAAGCUCCAGCCGUGCUCGUGUAGGGCCGCAGGCCAUCCGGGCUCCGGCUUCCAGCAUCUACCAGGCGUCCUUAGAAUACGGUGCAGCGAGCAGCAAGUCGCCGAGCAGCCGAGCCACCGCCGAACACAGGGCGCCGCCGAGCAGCCGAGCCGCCGCCGAGCGCCGAGUCUUCUCUGGUAAAUUAAACAGGCUUGGAUAAAUUAGUGUUUCAAUUUAGAGUUUUGGACAGAUUGCUUGUAGGGAUUUGAAAAGAUUACUUGCAUGGAUAAAUGGAUUUUGUUUGUACAGAUCGUAUGUACAGAUUGUGUUAAAAAUAUUAUUUGAUGUUGUUGGAAUGUUAAUUUGUGAUAAAUUUCUGUUAGAAUGAUGUAAUUUUAGUGUUGUUGAUUUCACAAUGUCAAGUGUCUAUGGCGUCUCCAUGCAAGUACACACUACACUGGCACCGCGAUUGACAGUCAGAACUUUGAUUGCCCGUCCAAUAGGUACCGAGUGACUUCGGUACAGACGACAAACUUUCUCCACACAUACCGCGCCACUCCGCCACUCACUGUGCUGACGGAUGGGGUGGUGCUCCCCGUCCACUUCCCGGCAGCUUCUCUCCACGACCUCACUCUUCACCUUCGGCGCGGGUCUCCUUACCUUCGGCAUCCACCUCUCCUACGUCCACAUCGAGCCCCAGCGCGCUCGCACGCUCGCUCGGGACCAAUUCGUCCGUGACUACCUCCGCAAGAAGCACGACAAGUAGCCCGCCUUCUGCGGUCCCCAGGUGAUUGCUUGGUAGUCGGAGACGAUGGCCCUGGUCCCAUCGAGGUCCGACAGCGAGGCCUUGAUCCCGGAGGUGGAGAUGAAUGCCGGCGCCGACCAGACCGCAACAACGGCGCGGGUCACCGUCGUUCAGGCGUCGUCCGUGUUCUACGACACCCCUGCGACUCUCGAUAAAGCGGAGAAAUUGGUAGCAGAAGCAGCUGGGUAUGGUUCACAGUUGGUUUUGUUUCCGGAAGUCUUUGUUGGUGGCUACCCACAUGGAUCUACCUUUGGACUGGUUGUCGGCAAUCGCACUGCCAAGGGAAAGGAAGACUUUCAGAAGUAUCACGCAUCUGCCAUAGAUGUGCCUGGUCCAGAAGUGUCCCGCUUAUCUGCAUUAGCUGGAAAAUAUAAGGUGUUUCUGGUGAUAGGGGUGGUUGAGAGGGCAGGAUAUACACUUUACAACACGGUGCUCUCCUUCGAUCCACUGGGAAAAUACCUAGGGAAGCACCGCAAGGUCAUGCCUACUGCACUAGAACGUGUAUUCUGGGGGUUUGGAGAUGGAUCUACAAUACCUGUCUACGAUACUCCGAUUGGAAAAAUGGGUGCUCUCAUUUGCUGGGAAAACAGAAUGCCACUUCUCAGGACGGCCAUGUAUGCCAAAGGUAUUGAGAUAUAUUGUGCUCCCACGGUUGAUUGCAUGCCAACUUGGCUGUCUUCUAUGACACAUAUCGCCCUUGAAGGGGGAUGCUUUGUGCUGUCAGCGUGCCAGUUCUGUCGUAGAAAGAACUACCCUCCCCCUCCCGAGUACACAUUUUGUGGCCUAGAGGAAGAGCCAUCCCCGGAAUCCGUUGUUUGUUCUGGAGGGAGUGUCAUCAUCUCACCAUUGGGAACAGUGUUGGCGGGUCCCAACUACGAAAGUGAGGCCCUUCUCACUGCUGACCUGGACCUUGGAGAGAUUGUUCGAGCCAAGUUUGAUUUUGACGUGGUGGGCCACUACUCGCGACCUGAGGUGCUGAGUUUAGUGGUGAAGAGCGAUCCAAAGCCCGCCGUCUCUUUCAUCUCAGCCGCUGGUAGGGACGAUGACUAUGUGCAGACCUAAUGACAAACAUAUCUUUGGUCUUUAGCUUCCUUAUACGGCAAUCGCAUGCAUCUGUAUAAUUGUGGGUUUCCGGAACGUUGCACGUUCCGUCAGAAUAAUAAUAAACUGUUAUGUACAAUAAAAUAGUAACAAUAAGGCUUUGUUCGGUUAUUCCCAUUAUACAUGGAUUGGACGAGAUUGGAAAAAAUUUAAAA